AUGCUGCAGUGGUUACUACCGGCCGAGCUGGUCCUCCACAAAUGCUGGCUCUCUUGUCGGGGCUACGUCUACGAUCUUGCCGGCUAUAUCGACAAGUGCGAUCGCGAGAAUGUCAUUUGCAUGUACUUGCUGGCCCAUGCAGGCAAAGACGUCAGCUACUGGUUCGACGCUUCGGGCCGUCACGGUGGUCGGCUGCGAUUGAGACGUUACGUCGAGCCAGCGACGGGUCAACGGCGCAUCCUCCUUCCGUAUGCCUUCCCAAUACCCGAGGGAGCCGAAUCGACCUACGCUUCUGCCGCGCUCGGCUGCUGUUCCUGCCGCGGUGCCGACGAUAGCCAGCUUGACGAUGACCCCGCGCGGUUAACGGGAAAGUGCUGGUCGGACCUUGAACGCAUCUUCAAUGGCACCAAGUGUCGCGUUGGACGACUCACCCGAAAUGCCAGACCUUGCAAGAUUACCAAUGUGCUGACGGGACAACAAGUUGUUAUAUCGGUUUGCGAAGAAGACACAAUAAAUCGUAUUCGAGAUCGCGCAAUGCUGUUCAAUAGACACGGUGCCUCGUACACAUGGAAAUUCGAAGGGAAGAAACUGAAUCCUGAACUCACGUUGACGGACAAUGGAAUUCCCGAUGAGCGGGAGGUAUUCCUGAAGUGUGGGCUUCCCGAAAUUUACACUCCUAAUUUGCUUUGUUAUUAUAACGAUGAUUUGACGGAGGAUCAAGAAGAUAGGGAAGACUGA